AUGCUGCAGAGAUGCUUACCUUGUCCUGUUUUCCUGUCUAGAGCAUCAUUUCGACAAAUCUCAUCCAUCUCUCGCACGCAGCGAACGUGUCUUUAUGACUUACAUUUAAAACAUGGUGGUAAAAUGGUCCCUUUUGCUGGAUAUGAAAUGCCAGUUCAGUAUGGAAAUCAUUCUAUUGCAGAUUCUAGUAUUCAUACUAGAAAACAUGCAAGUAUAUUUGAUGUUUCUCAUAUGAUGCAAACACACAUUACAGGAAAAGAUAGUAUUGCAUUCAUUGAAUCGUUGACUACAGCAGAUGUAGAAGGUUUGGGAGAGAAUCAGGGAUGUCUUUCUGUAUUUACUAAUGAUAAAGGUGGUAUUCGAGAUGACUUGAUAGUAACAAAAGUUAAUGAAGAACUUGUUUAUAUGGUAACAAACGCUGGAUGCAUUGAAAAAGAUUUCAACUAUUUGAUGGACAAUAUGAAAAAAUGGCAAAGAAAAGGAAAAGAUGUGGAUGUGAAAAAGAUCGAAGGACAUGGCCUCGUAGCUGUGCAAGGUCCAGAAAUGAUCACUCUGCUGGAGUCAGAGUCUGAUAUCGACAUGUCUAAACUUUACUUUAUGCAUUCCAAAAUCGGAAAAGUAUGCAACAUACCAAAUUGUCGUAUCACACGCUGUGGUUAUACAGGUGAAGAUGGCGUCGAGAUUUCAGUAGAUCCGAAAUGGGCUUCAGAAAUGGUGGAACGUCUUUUACAAUCCAAGAAAGCUAACGUCCUGUUGGCAGGUUUAGGAGCUCGAGAUGUUCUUCGUUUAGAAGCCGGUUUAUGUCUUUAUGGUAACGAUAUCGAUGAGAACACUACACCCGUCGAAGGGAAUAUUGCCUUCGUCAUAGCGAAACGUCGUCGUGAAAAAGCUGACUUUCCCGGGGCUGAAAAAAUUUUAUCGCAAUUAAAAAAUAAAGAUUGGCCAAAAAGAAGAGUUGGAUUGAUCUCAGAAUCUGGAAGAGUUCCGCGAAGUCAUUUGCCUAUAAUAGAUCCAAUUAAUAAAGCAUCGGUUGGCUUCGUUACAUCUGGUUGUCCAUCGCCAAACUUGAAGAAAAACAUUGCAAUGGCUUAUGUGGACAGAUUAGAUUCAAAUGUGGGAAAAGAGCUGGCAGUGGAUUUUGGCAACAAAAUGGCAAAAGUUACAGUAGCAAAAUUGCCUUUCGUUUCGACAACUUAUUAUAUGGCACCUAAAAAUUAA